GUGCCCGGGCGCUGCCGCCAUGCCCCAGCCGGCCCCGCCGCGCCCCGCAGCCGCCGCCGGCGCACGAUGAAGCGGCAGAACGUGCGGACGCUGGCGCUGAUCGUCUGCACCUUCACCUACCUGCUGGUGGGCGCCGCCGUCUUCGACGCGCUCGAGUCCGAGGCGGAGACGGCGGAGAGGCGGCGGCUGGAGGCCAAGAGCGACGAGCUCAAGAGAAAGUACAACCUGAGCGCCGAGAGCUACGGCGAGCUCGAGCGGGUCGUGCUCAAGCUCAAGCCGCACAAGGCCGGCGUCCAGUGGAAAUUCGCCGGCUCCUUCUACUUCGCCAUCACCGUCAUCACCACCAUAGGCUACGGGCACGCGGCGCCCAGCACGGACGGCGGGAAGGUUUUCUGCAUGCUCUACGCGCUGCUGGGCAUCCCCCUGACGCUGGUGAUGUUCCAGAGCCUGGGCGAGCGCAUCAACACCCUGGUGCGCUCGCUGCUGCGCCGCCUCAAGAAGCGCCUGGGCAUGCGGCGGCCGGAGGUGUCCAUGGCCAACAUGGUGACCAUCGGCUUCUUCUCGUGCGUCAGCACGCUCUGCAUCGGCGCCGCCGCCUUCUCGCACUACGAGAACUGGAGCUUCUUCCAGGCCUACUACUACUGCUUCAUCACGCUGACCACCAUCGGCUUCGGCGACUACGUGGCGCUGCAGAAGGACCAGGCGCUGCAGACGCAGCCGCAGUACGUGGCCUUCAGCUUCGUCUACAUCCUCACGGGGCUGACGGUCAUCGGCGCCUUCCUCAACCUCGUGGUGCUGCGCUUCAUGACCAUGAACGCCGAGGACGAGCGCCGCGACGCCGAGCAGCGGGCGCUGCUCAGCCGGGCCGCUCGCUCCGGCGCCGCGGCCUCCGUCCCCGAGGCCGCCGCGGUGGCCCCGGCCGAGAGCGGCUUCCGGAACGUCUACGCCGAGGUGCUGCACUUCCAGUCGGUGUGCUCGUGCCUGUGGUACAAGAGCCGCGAGAAGCUGCAGUAUUCCAUCCCCAUGAUCAUUCCCAGGGAUUUGUCCAGCUCGGACACGGGCGUGGAGCGCAGCCACUCCUCGCCCGCCCGCUGUCCCGAGACGCCGGAGCACCGGUGCUUCUGCCGCUCCCGGCGCUCCGCCAUCAGCUCCGUGUCCACCGGGCUCCAGAGCCUGGCGGCGUUCCCGGGAUUCGCCAAGCGCCGCAGCUCCGUGUAGCCCCCCAAUCCCCCCGGCCCGGAUCCCUCCCGGAGCGGGAGGAAGCCGCUCCGGACUCGGGAAUGACGCCAGAGCGAGGCCAUCCCUGUUGGCUCCGGAAUGGAUUUUAAUUUAAAACCUCUUGGAUUUUAAUUUCACAAAAAAAAAACUAAAAAAAAAAAACAAAAAAAAAAAAAAAAAAAAAAAAAAAAAAAAAAAAACAAAAAACAAAAACAACCACUCCUUGAAAAUGUGAAACCUGGGAGAGCAGCGGGAUUGAGGGGCACCUCCCACUGUGGGCAGCCGGCCCUGGCCUCUCCACGCUCCGGAUCCUCGGGAAUUCCCCGGGAAGCGCAGAGGGACCCGACGGCCGCGGAAAUCAGGCUAAGAGGGGCUUAGCCGGAGCUUUUCCACAUCAGCAGCCGCCCGGAAAAGCAGCCGGGAGUCACGUAGGCUGCUCCAAACCCUGGGAUUUGGGGCUGCCUUAACCCGAACUCGUAGGGGGGCAGAGCUGGGAGAGCUCGGGAUUGAACGGGAAUCAUCCACGGGAGGCCGGCUGAUCCCACAGGAUUUCCGUGUCCCCCCGUGCCGAGGGUCUGGGGAUGGGAUUGAUCCCCUCGGGAAGGUGUCUUGGGGACAAUUUGGGAUAUUGUCCCCUGGGAUCCCCAUCUCCAUCCUCCCCAAGGCUCCAGGGAUGGAAUUAUUUCCCUCGGAGUGGUUUUUUUUUAGGGAUAAUCCGGGGUAUUUUCCCUUGGGAUCCCCAUUUCCAUUCUCUCCAAAGCCCUGGGGAUAGAGUUGUUCCUCCUGAGAAGGUAUUUUGGGGAAAAUUUGGGAUAUUUUCCCAUGGGAUCCCCGUCUCCAUCCUCCCCAAGGCCCCAGAGAUGGAAUUGCUCCUCCUGGGAAGGUAUUUUAGGAAAAAUUUGGGAUAUUUUCCCGUGGGAUCCCCAUCUCCAUCCUCCCCAAGGCUCCAGGGAUGGAAUUGUUCCCCUCAGGGAGGUUUCUUUGGGAUAUUUUCCCCUUGGAUCCCCAUCUCCAUCCUCACUGGGACUCUGGGAAUGGAAUUUUUCCCUCAGGGAGGAAUUUUGGGGACAGUUAUCCCCCGGGAUCCCCAUUCCCACCCUCACCAGGACUCCGGGGAUGGAAUCUUUCCCUCAGAGAGGCAUUUGGGGGAAAUUUGGGAUAUUACAACACUUCCCCAUCCUUUCCUCCACACCCCUUCCCACCACCACCCUCAGUCCUGGGAUACUCCCGGAAUUCCCCGGGAUACCCCGGGGGUCACCUCUGUCACCACCACCCCGGCAGGGAAGGAAAGUUUCCCUCUUUUCCCACUCCCGCCGUUCCAGGAUGGGAUUUUCCCCCCCAGCACCCAAAGCCCCCUCUGGGGGACAUGGUGGGGACACGGCGGGGACCGUCCUGGAGGCCUGGAGGUGGCACGGGGGACUUUGGGGAUGUUCUGUCACCUUUCCAGAGAGGGAAAAUCCAUGGAUUUCUGAUCCUUCCGCUGUCCACUUGUGAGAUUCCAGAGGAUAUUUAUGACCAACGGCGCUGCCCGUGGAAUUCCAGAGGAUAUCCGUCGCGGAGGAGGCUCGGGGGGCAACUUCCUGACAAUUCCAGGGAGGAAUUUCUGCAUCUUCCUCAUCCAGGGGCACCCGAUUCCCGCCGGGAAGGGUUCCCUGGUUCUCAUGCCAAAGCUGAUUUGUCCCGCAGGGCUCCGUUCCUUGGAGAGAGAAAUAAAGGAUUGAUGGAA